AUGACCCAAACCUCAGCUAAAAUUACCUCAGUUAAAAUUCAAGAUUCCCCGCCACCCGGAUACUCUGCCCCUCCUGAGUCCCUGCAGCCCGAGCGUCCUGAGGCGCCUCACACUGAAGAAGACUUUGUUGAAGAACAAGUUGGCGGAGGAAAGCGCUAUCAAGAUCCACCAGUGGAGCACACUCCUACAAAACUCCGCAGUCACAUCAAAGCUACGAACCGUGAUGCGGGUUUAGUGAAGGAAGCUUCUAUGCGUCGGGCCAGGCUUCUCAACGAAGAGUUUAUGGCGGAUUCCAAUGGACAGGUACUUGAUACAUUGUUCGCUGAUGCUGAAUACUCAACCCCUCCUCAGCCUGCUCUUCGAGAGCGUUCGGUGCCUCCUCAGCCUGCUCUUCGAGAGCGUUCGGUGCCUCCUCAGCCUGCUGUUACAGUAACAUUUAGACCCCUAUACUCAUUCCCCUUUUGUUGCUAA